CUGCUCUCUCUUCAGACCUGAUUGAUGUCUUCGUUGUCUCCGCAGCCCAUGCGCAUUUCGCGGACGCUGGACAAGGUUGUCCGGCGCAAGUCCAUCAACUCUAUGGACGUCCACUACAAGUUCAUCAAGACCCUCGGCCAGGGCUCGUACGGCAAGGUUAAGCUUGCCGAGGACCUGCGGACUGGGGAGAAGGUGGCGAUCAAGGUCAUUCAGAAGUCUAAGCUGCGCCGCGUCAAGGACUUUGUGCGGGUUGAGCGCGAAAUCAAGCUCAUGUCGCUGCUCAAGCACCCGAACAUUGUCAACAUGAAGGAGCUCCUCAACCUUGAGGACCAGUACCUCCUUGUGCUCGAGUAUGCGCCUGGCGGUGAGCUCUUCGACUACAUUGUGGCGCGCGGACGGGUGAAGGAGAAGCAGGCGCGGGUGUUCUUCCGGCAGAUCAUCUCGGCCAUGGGCUACUGCCACAAGAACUUUAUCAUCCAUCGCGACCUCAAGCCGGAGAACCUGCUCCUUGACGAGAACGCGCAGAUUAAGAUCAUCGACUUUGGCUUUGCCAACGCGUUCAACGACACCGAGUUGCUCUCGACCUUCUGCGGCUCGCCCGGCUACGCGCCGCCCGAGAUGAUCCGCGGUGAGGAGUACCUCGGCGCCAAGUCUGAGAUCUGGUCGCUCGGCGUCAUUCUCUUUGCGCUCACAUGUGGCAAGCUUCCGUUUGACGGCGCGACGCGCGACGCCAUGUUCAAAAAGAUCGUCAAGGGCAACUUUGAGGUCCCGUUCUACAUCUCGCCCGAGUGCAACGACCUACUCAACCGCAUGAUCGUGGUCAACCCGGACCAGCGCGCGUCGCUCGACGAAGUCGCACGCCAUCCGUGGAUGCUCAUCGAUCACGACGGCCCACCCGACUACAUCAUGCCGCACCGCGAGCCCGUUGAAGAACCUGACGAGGCUCACCUCGACCGCCUGGCCGAGAUGGGCCUCGACAUCGAGGCUGUCCGUGGUGCGCUCACCAACCGCGACAACAACAUCCUUUCGUGCGCCUACUACCUCUCUGUCGAGAAGACUGCCAUCGAGGCCGCCGAGGCCGCCGACGCCGCGUCGGCCACCGCGUCGGCCUCGUCCGAGCCCCGCGAGCGCAAGCGCGCCUCGCGCCAGGCCCUCGGCCUCGAGACGAUCUCCGAGUCGGCGCCCAAGUCGUCGCGCUCUUCCCGCCGUGCCUCGCGCGGCCGCACCUCGGCCGAGCGUGCCCGCGCAGAGAUGGCCGAGGAGGUCGCCGCCGUCGACCUCGGCAAGGUCGAUGUGCCCAAGGCGUACAACCGCAAGUCUCGCCGCCACUCAAUCCAGCCGAACGGAACGCUUCCCAUCGACAACCUCGAGGACGCCAUGGCCGAGGCUCGCGCCUCGCGCCGCGACCGCAAGCGCGACAAGUCCAAGGGCAAGGCCAAGAAGGCCAAAGCCAAGGCCAAGGCAAAAGGCAAGGACGAUGAUGACGGCGCCGACGCCUCACCCGACGCCGCAGACGGCGCUGAGGACGCCGCCACGCCCAUGGUUCUCAAGCUCAACCCGGGUCGCGACCAGCGCCGCAAGCGCAAGAAGUUCUCGCUCGACGCCGCAAAGGCUGCUUUCGUCUCGGGCGUCUCGGGCUCGCGCGGCUCUACCAAGCUUCGCAAGGUCAAGGGUCCCUUCUCCGUCGCAACCACCUCGACCAAGCCUGCCGAGGAGAUCUUCCAGAUCAUUGAGUCGGCCCUCGGCGAGCGGGGCAUCUCCUACACCCGCGCCGGUGCCAUUUACGAGAUCUCGUGGGCCGACGACCACGGCAACCCGCUACAGAUCGAGAUCGAGGUCUGCAUUGUCUCUGACCUCAAGGACCUCCAUGGCCUGCGCCUCAAGCGUGUGGCUGGCGAGUCGUUUGCCUACAAGCGCCGCUGCCUGCAGCUCCUCUACUGGCUUCGUCUGUAAGCCGCCGCGGUCUCCCCGCCCCCUUACCCCCAUCCCAAUCUAUCUCCUGCCAUUGGCGCUUGGGAUGGUCUCAAGUAUAGCCUUGGGUCCGAGGCGUACUUUGCUUUCCUUGCCCUUCCCCCCCCCCCC